AUGUCUGAAAUCACCCGUAUACGAGGUCCUAUCCUAGCCACAUGGGCUUUGACGCUUAUCGCCGUCUGUCUUCGCUACUUUGCUCGAAAUUUUUCAAAAGCAGGUUUCUGGUAUGACGACUGGCUUAUAGUACCUGCUACUCUCCUUGCCACGGCGAUGUGCUUCAUCUCGGCCUUCCGGAUGACAGAGGAAGGGUUAGGCCAAAUCAUAGAUGAAGUAGAUGCAUUUCAGUUGGAGCGCUUGCAGCAUGCGAUGUUUAUCAUUGAGAUCUGCUGGGGAAUUAUCAUCUGGAUUGUCAAGUAUUCCAUUCUAGCUUUCUACUGGCGUCUUUUCAGCGCCAACGGCCGAUCAACUCGAGUCAUCAUCUGGACUCUUGCAGCGUCUGUGACCUGUUGGGGCAUUUCAGUGGUGCUUCUCACAAUAUUUCAAUGUGUUCCUGUCGGUACAAUAUGGAACAUUAUGGUGGACGUGGAGAGAGAAUGUUAUUAUGGCAACUAUCAGCUCUUUGUGGGCUCAUCGACACCACAUAUUGUCACCGAUGUAGUGCUUCUGGGCAUUCCGGUGCCACUGAUCUGGAAACUUCAUCUGCAAAGGUCACGAAAAGUCACAUUGACUGCCGUGUUUGCGUUAGGUAUCUUCGUGACAUUUGUCUCCAUCGUACGCUUGACCUAUCUAGUCAAAGAUCGAUCUACUGCCGACUUCACCUUCGUUUACGCCAAUAUCUUUAUCUGGACGAGUGUCGAGGCCAACGUUUCAAUCAUUUGUGCAUGCCUUCCUUCCCUCGGACCCAUACUACCAUUCCUCUCCGAGAAAUUAAAACUAUUACGCAAUCGCAGGAGUACUCAUAAAAGAGGCUCUCAACUACUCAUGGACAUGCUACCGGCAAGGAAACCAGCAUCAUCACCAUUUUUACCGUUAUCGCGAAAGCAGAGCUGGAGCGAUGGGCCAAAUCCCAUGCUGGAUUCCUCAACUAUUGUAGAGAUGGAAGCAAAGAAUCCACGAGCUCCAGAAUUAGACGCCAAAGCACCGGGACCACAUGUUCUGGAGAUUGGGACAUUGGAGCCCGUGUUGAAGACAGAGUCCCGAAGACCUACAGCAGAAUUGGAGGGAUGGAGCAGACAUAUCCCAGAGUUGGAGGGAGGGCGCGGUUAG